AUCCUUCAACCAAAAAAAUAGUAAACAAAAAUCGGAAUCGUUAGUCCUGAAUUUCUGGCGAUUUUUCUGGUGUUCAGCUUUCAAAAAGUGCUUAAUAUAAAUAAAUAUUCGAUUGAAGACUUCGUUCCAUAAAGUGACUCCCCAAAUCAUUCAAGAUUCCUUCGUUUAUGGAGAAAUUUGUGCUGAAAGUGGAGAAAAAGAUAGAGAUGUUCAUGGCAAAGUAUGAAUUUCACAUCAAGGAGUACGAUCAAAUUGAAAAGAGAUUGAUGCUUAUGUGCAGACAGUGUAAUCAGAGGCCCAUGACGAGAAAGAGGAAGGAACAAAAAGAGACAUUGCGAUCGAAGGCGAGAUUUCAUAAGGAGCACAUCCUCAGGAACAUCGAGGCCAUAAGAGCUGUGAUGACAUCGAUGAGGAUAAUCACUAGACGAUACUUGAUCCAAAGGAGACGCAGACAGACACGAGAAGCCCAUCGUCUGCGAAACAACAACCAAGCCCCCGAGGAUUAGCUCUGCCCAAUCUCAAACACUCUGUGAUAUUGAAAAAACCUUAACUUUAUUCUAUUUACAAUUAACCACUGUAUAUACCUAGUUUUCUAACCACAUCGCUGUAACGUUUACAAACACGAAUUAAA